AUGAAAUGGUCUUCCUUACAAGUCGGAAUAUUAAAGCAUUUCUCUCUUUGUGCCAUUUUGUUGCAGACUUCUUGUCUUGUUUUGCUGGGCGAUCGGAACACGCAGGCUCCCGCCUCUCCCCCUUUGGGCGUCCAGUAUCCUCUUGACGACCCAGCGGCGUCGACCACCGCCUUCUGCCCUCGCGAAGACCAAGUCGCCUCGCCUCCCUCCGGCUCGAGGCCCAACUUCCCGCCCGUCGGCAUCGUCACAUCCUCCGACCUGCUUCGCGCCAUCUUCAUUGGCCUCCAGCUCUCCGGCCGCCCCCCACACCCUCCUCUCUGUCCUGACAACGCAGAGGCCGAAGCCGGACAGUCGUCGCCGGACGCAUUGCGCCACCUCCUGCGCCCCUGCGCCCCUCCCCACCGCCAGCACUGCCCAAUCCCCUCUUCGGCCUCGUCGAACUCCCCCUUCAGCUCUACCACCGCCUCUGGCCGCGCCCAUCCGCCUCCACUCGGCCGGAAAGCCGACAGCCUGUCCAGUCGGCCGGAUUCUGGCUGUUACCAUGGCAGCCCACAUGUCGAGGUAGGCAAUGCUCUUGUCUUGUCCUUUUCGCUCUACUUGCGUCUAAGGCCAGCCACUGAAGGGGUUGGAUGA